AUGGCGGGAAGGGCGCCUCCUGGAGGCGCUUCCAACUACCAUAAUGACCUUCUUCUGGACCUCGAUGAUCAACCGUCGUACGGCGGACAGAGGCCGCCUGUGAACGAUGACGAACUUGCCCACGCCUACGACAACGACUCUCCUACUCGACCCUCGGUAUCCUACGAUGACUUCAUUGGUGGCAGUCAGACAACGCACCCAGGCGUAAAAAACCCGCCGUCGGGCGCAAGCCUCUCAAAUCCCCGACCGCCCUACUUGGCCGAUGCAGACAGACAGUACAGCCAGACUUCGGAUCUGCAUAACUACCAGAGCUACGCAGACGACUUCGACGACUACCCCGAAGAGAGCCAGUCGUACUACCAACAUGGAGGAGCGCUGAACGGAGGAGGAGACCCAAUGGGCCGUGAUAAUGCGCGAAAUCGCAAUAGUGUGCUCGGCUUAGGCGGUGGCUUCUUGGGCAAGGCCAGGAACAUGCUCGGUAUGGGACAAAAAGGCUACUCCGAGAUGGAUCUCCCUCUGACAGAGCCGGGCCGAGGACGACAGGAUUCGACAGUUCAAGAGCCGGCGCAGGCUCAACAGAAUAAGAAGUUCGAGUUGAAGAACUUCAGGUUUGGCUUUGGGAGCGGCAAGCCCGACCCUUCGACUCUUGGACCUCGAAUCAUCCACCUGAACAAUCCUCCCGCGAAUGCCGUCAACAAAUACGUGAACAACCAUGUCUCUACCGCCAAAUAUAACGUUGCCACUUUUCUCCCCAAAUUCCUCAUCGAACAAUUCUCCAAAUUCGCAAACAUUUUCUUCCUGUUCACAGCCGCCUUACAACAAAUUCCUAAUCUCUCGCCAACAAACCGCUAUACUACCAUCGGCCCUCUCAUUAUUGUGCUGCUCAUAUCUGCCGGCAAGGAGCUUGUCGAGGAUUAUAGGAGGAAGCAAGCGGACAGUGCACUCAACAACUCGAAGGCUAGGGUGCUCCGGGGGUCGAGUUUCGAGGAGACGAAAUGGGUCAACGUGGCUGUGGGGGAUAUUGUGCGAGUCGAGUCAGAAGAGCCGUUCCCGGCCGACUUGGGUUUGCUCGCCAGUUCUGAGCCAGAGGGACUGUGUUAUAUCGAGACCGCGAACCUGGACGGCGAGACCAACCUGAAGAUUAAGCAAGGGUUGCCGGAGACAGCCGCGCUGGUCAGCCCGGCGGAACUGAGUAGGCUAGGCGGUAGGGUCCGUUCCGAGCAGCCCAACAGUAGCUUGUACACGUACGAAGCGACAUUGACGAUGCAGGCUGGUGGCGGGGAGAAAGAGUUACCUCUAAAUCCCGAACAGCUACUACUUCGAGGAGCUACCCUAAGAAACACCCCCUGGAUUCAUGGCAUAGUCGUAUUCACCGGCCACGAGACAAAACUGAUGCGCAACGCCACGGCAGCCCCGAUCAAGCGGACCAAGGUCGAGCGCCAACUCAAUAUGCUCGUGCUUGCUCUCGUGGGCAUGCUGCUGGUUCUCAGUGUUAUAUGUACUGUUGGUGAACUUGUUUUCCGAUCAGUACGGGGAAACACGAUACCAUACUUAAGACUCGAUCCUCUUGGUGGUGGUGGUCAAAUCGUCACACUUAUUUUCAAGGACCUCGUCACAUAUUGGGUCUUGUUCUCGGCUCUGGUUCCAAUUUCUCUCUUUGUCACGGUCGAGUUGGUAAAGUACUGGCAUGGCAUUCUGAUCAACGAUGACCUAGAUAUAUACCAUGAUCAAACCGACACACCUGCGAACUGUCGGACUUCGAGUCUGGUCGAAGAGCUGGGCAUGGUCGGCUUCGUAUUUUCGGACAAGACGGGAACUCUGACCUGUAACAUGAUGGAGUUCAAGCAGUGCUCCAUUAGUGGCAUACAAUAUGCCACUGACAUACCCGAAGACCGAAGAGCGACGGUUCAGGAUGGCGUGGAGGUCGGCAUUCACGACUUCAAGAGACUCAGCGAGAACAUCAAGUCUCAUGAGUCUUCCGAGGCCAUCAAACACUUCUUGGCGCUUCUUUCGACUUGCCAUACCGUUAUCCCGGAACGACAGGAGGAGAAAGGUGGCGAGAUCAAAUACCAGGCUGCCUCUCCCGAUGAAGGGGCCCUGGUCGAGGGCGCCAGAGAUAUGGGCUAUAAAUUCGUCGCUCGCAAACCCCGGUCCGUCAUGAUUGAGGUGGAAGGUCGGGAGUACGAGUACACACUUCUAGCUGUGUGUGAGUUCAACUCCACGAGAAAGCGAAUGUCCACCAUAUACCGUUGUCCCGAUGGAAAGGUCCGAUUGUAUUGCAAAGGUGCAGAUACAGUAAUCCUUGAGCGCAUGCAUGAGGAAAAUCCUCACGUCGAGCAAACUCUUCUGCAUCUGGAAGAGUACGCUGCCGAGGGUCUGCGAACUCUGUGUCUAGCGAUGCGCGAGAUACCCGAACAGGAGUUCACGGAAUGGUACGCCAUGUUUGACAAGGCGCAGACCACUGUAGGUGGUAACCGAGCUGAGGAGUUGGACAAAGUGGCCGAGCUCAUCGAACAUGACCUCUAUCUCCUUGGUGCAACUGCUAUCGAAGACCGUCUUCAGGAUGGCGUGCCAGAGACUAUCCACACUCUGCAACAGGCGAAUAUCAAGGUAUGGGUCCUGACCGGAGAUCGACAAGAGACAGCCAUCAACAUUGGUAUGAGCUCCAAGCUUCUCAGCGAAGACAUGAUGCUCCUCAUAAUCAACGAAGAAGAUGCUGUGGCCACCCGCGAUAAUAUACAGAAAAAGUUGGACGCCAUCAGGAACAACGCUGAAGGGACCAUUGAGAUGGAAACCUUGGCCCUCGUCAUUGACGGCAAGUCCCUCACCUAUGCCCUCGAAGCCGACUUGGAGAAGCUCUUCUACGACCUGGCUGUCAUGUGCAAAGCUGUCAUCUGCUGCCGGGUCUCGCCACUACAAAAGGCCUUGGUUGUCAAGAUGGUCAAGAGGCACUCAUCUGAGAUACUCCUCGCUAUUGGAGACGGCGCCAACGACGUGUCCAUGAUCCAAGCUGCCCAUAUCGGAGUUGGUAUCUCUGGUAUGGAGGGUCUUCAGGCUGCUCGAUCGGCAGAUAUUUCAAUUGGUCAAUUCCGAUUUCUUCGUAAACUCACUCUUGUUCACGGAGCGUGGAGUUAUCAGCGUAUCAGCAAGACCAUCCUGUUCUCUUUCUAUAAGAACAUUGCCCUGUAUAUGACACAGUUCUGGUACACCUUUCAAAACGUCUUCUCCGGUGCAAUUAUCUUCGAGUCCUGGACUCUAUCAUUCUACAACGUCUUCUAUACGGUCCUACCACCUCUCGUCUUGGGUAUCCUGGACCAGUUCAUAUCAGCGCGAUUGCUCGAUAGAUAUCCGCAGCUAUACGUCCUGGGGCAACAGAACCAAUUCUUCAAGAUCAGCACGUUCGCUGCCUGGAUUGCCAAUGCUGUUUACCACUCACUUAUUCUAUACAUCUUCUCGGAAUUGAUUUGGUACGGUGACCUCAAGCUUGUCGACGGUACAAUGGCUGGCCACUGGGUCUGGGGUACGGCUCUUUACGCCGCGACCCUUGCUACUGUCCUCGGAAAAGCUGCUCUGGUGACAAGCAACUGGACCAAGUAUCACAUUAUAGCUAUUCCCGGUAGCAUGGCUAUCUGGUACGUCUUCAUCGCCGUCUACGGAAUCGUUGCACCGAAAGUCGGGAUCUCUGAGGAAUAUAACGGGUUGGUACCGAAACUGUUUUCGAACCCGGUCUUCUGGCUUCAGACGAUCGCAUUGCCUCUCCUGUGUCUCCUCCGCGACGUUGCGUGGAAAUAUGCCAAGAGGAUGUAUUAUCCAGAGACAUAUCACCACAUUCAGGAAAUCCAGAAGUACAAUAUCCAGGAUUACCGGCCGAGGAUGGAGCAAUUCCAAAAGGCCAUCAGAAAGAUGCAUCUCGCAUGGGACAAGCUCGCCCUCCUGGCCCUUGCCGUUGGCCAGGACCUGGCGGCUCGACCAGUAAAGGACCCAGUGACGGCGAAAUUUUUGGACAAGGACGACGAGUUCAUUUGGCAGAUAAUAGAGCCACGAUCCGACUUCACCGACCCAAAGUUCCCGCGGUGA